AUGGACAAACGCUUGUUGAUAGCUUCCUUCCUUUUCUGCUUCAUUGUAGCAGUGACACCACUGAGGUGCUUAACAUGCCACCUUCGCACACGGACAGAUCGCUGUAGAAGAGGCUUUGGAUUCUGUACGGCUCAGAAGUUCGAGUCAUGCAUGUCUUUAAAGAUCUUCCAGGAUAACAUUCUGCAGUUAUCAUAUAUGGUGUGCCAAAGAUUCUGCAGAGAAUUGACAUUUGAUCACAACAUUCGGACUUAUGUUCAUAAAUGUUGCAGAUACGAUUUUUGUAACGUCAAAAUCUAA